CUUUUCUCACUCGUUACUUUUGGCAAUAACAGCGUGCUAUUGUUUUCAUUGUGAAACUAAUUCGAUAAGCAAAUCAUUAAAAGUCAAAUAAAUAAUUACAAGCACAAAAAGAGCAAAAGAGAUCGAUUUACGCACAAUUAACGUAAACAAAAGUAAAUUGCAGAAUUUGAGACUGAAACGAAAUUGUUUUGCAUUAAAGUUUGUGAACGAGUUCGAUGGAUUCUCACGGUGCCAAAAGAUCGGCGGAGCCCAACAUGUACGAGCAGUUGGCCAAGAAGAUUUGGCGACCCAAUGCAAUGGUCGACGGCGACGCCCAAUCCGAAGAGUUGUCGACACCGAUACCGACGCCGAUAACGUCGCCACCGCCACCGCCACCGGCGCCCCCUCAACCGCAAUCUCAGCCCGAGGGCAGCAAGAGCAUGAAGCUGCCCAGCGCUGAGUCAACGACUAGCUUUCUGGCCGAGGUGCUGAGCGCUCUCUAUGGCGAUACGACGGGACAUCCGGAGCAUGGCAGCUUAAGCUAUCACAAGGCAGCCGAGCGUUAUGCCCUCACUGGCGAUGGCAAGUUGGCCAAGCGAUCGUCGGGAUCGUCAUCGGCGGCGUCGUCGGGCAGCCAGUCGAGGUCACAGCAUUUGCCACCAGGAUUCGGGAAAGCAGAACGUGCGUUGUAUGAGCGCAACAAAUUGGCAGCGGCGGCGGCUGCACGUCAAGUCAAUGCCAAUGGCAAUGUCGGGAGCAAUUCUGUGGCGCCAAAUGCGAGCGGCGAUGCUGGCGUGGCGGGACGUGCAGCGCCAUCCACUAUUAACGAACUGUCUCACAUUUAUUUGCAGCUGUUGCAGCAACAACUGCCCCAGCAGCAGGCCCAACAGCAGCAGCAUCUGGUCGCUGGUGCACCGAACAACAUGUCCAUGCCCAUCUAUGGCUUGGCCUGCGGUCAUGUCAAUGAUCUAACCCAGGUCUAUGCUCAGCUGUUGGCCGCCAAUUUUCCCCAGAAUGUCGCACAGCAGCAACACCAGCAGCAGCAACAGUCUUCCAGUGCAGCAGCUGCAACUAUACUCUAUGAGGCGAUGCUUCAACAACGUGUCCUGCAGCAGUUGCAGCAACAACAAAUGCAACAGCAUGCCCAGCAGCAGCAACAACAACAACAGUCGCGCACUCCGCGUGGCAUCUACGGAGGCAACUACAACUUGAGUGGCGGCAACAAAACGCAGCAGCCGGACAGCAAAUAAUAUUAAAUAUUUGCUUAAAUAUCGCAUAAUUUUUAUCCAUUCUGUUCGAUCUACCGAAAUUGUUUUAUUCCUUUUUUUUACUUUUAUAGUUUCAAUAAAUUGCAAUUGCAGAACAACACGGUGUUGCUUUUUUCUCUUUUUGAAAUUAACGGCCGUCAGAAAUAUGAAAAUGUUUUCAAAAUCCAGAGACGGGCAUCUUAGAAAUUUCCGCUGCAUUAUUCCUUAGGUGACCGUGUGUAGGAAAGGGACAGCUAAUACGCUCUUUAAACUGAAAGUUCCGUUACCUUCCACCGCAUCAUUCCGUAAGCAUAAGAGAGGGACGGUUAAUGGAGCAAUGCAAUGAUUCUGAAAGUGUGGCCAUAUUUUGGGAAAUACUUUUGAGAAAAGUGCGAUAUCGAUGAAAAUCAGCUUAUAUUGCACUUGCAAUUUUGGCGCCUUCAAAUUAUUCGAAAUUUCUUAGCAAUUCUUUAAGAAAAAACCAAUGUCGAAAAAAUGGAAGGCAUAAGAAAAUGUUUUAAGAAAAUCAAUUCAAUUUGAGCAAUGUACAAAAAUUUAAUCGUUGCAGAGCGAGUUGCUUAUUAU